GCUGGGGUUUGUGUGAGCGGGGCGCUGGCCGGGCGAGGAGGCGGCAGGGGCGCGGGGAGCGGAGCGGGGCAGGCUCUGUGCAGCGGCCGCUACCGAGCCAGCCGGCAGUCGAGCUUGGGGCUGCCGCCUCUCGUUCCCGCCCACCGGGCAGCAGCCGCGGGAGUGCCCGCCCCGGCCCCCCGUCCGCACGGAGCGCCCUGCCCUGGGGGAGGUGCGGGGCUCACCUGGAUUUAUUGACCCGCGCGCUGGCUGUGUGCAGCGGCGGGGCAGUGCCCUCGGCCAGCGAGCCCUGCCCGUGCCCGGCCGGAGAGAGGGCUGCCCGGCUUUCGCUCCCUCCUCUGCCGAGCGGGGCGCUCGCCCAGCGGGACCCAUGGCGAGCGGGGCUGUGGAGCCGGUCUAUGGACUUUCGGAGGACGAAGACGAGUCUCGACUCCUCAGAGUUAAGGUUGUUUCUGGCAUUGAUCUAGCAAAAAAAGACAUCUUCGGAGCCAGUGACCCCUAUGUGAAACUUUCCCUGUAUGUAGCAGAUGAGAACAAAGAACUUGCUCUGGUGCAGACAAAAACUAUAAAAAAGACACUGAAUCCAAAAUGGAAUGAAGAAUUUUAUUUUAGAGUAAACCCAACUAAUCAUAGACUCCUGUUCGAAGUGUUUGAUGAAAACAGAUUGACUAGAGACGACUUCCUGGGUCAAGUGGACGUGCCACUUAAUCAUCUACCGACAGAAGACCCAACCAUGGAACGGCCAUACACGUUUAAGGAUUUCCUUCUCAGACCAAGAAGCCACAAAUCUCGGGUAAAGGGUUUUUUGAGACUGAAAAUGGCCUAUAUGCCAAAAAAUGGAGGACAAGAGGAAGAAACUAGUGAACAAAGGGAGGAAUCUGAGCGUGCAUGGGAGGUGGUUGACUCCAAUGACUCUGUAUCUCAUCAUCAAGAGGAGUUACCACCUCCUCCACUGCCUCCUGGAUGGGAAGAAAAAGUGGACAAUUUGGGCCGUACUUACUAUGUCAACCAUAACAACAGGACAACUCAGUGGCACCGACCAAGUUUAAUUGACGUUGCAUCUGAUUCAGACAACAACAUCAGACAGAUAAACCAAGAGGCAGCCCACAGACGGUUUCGUUCUCGGAGACACAUUAGUGAGGAUUUGGAGCCUGAGCCUUCGGAGAGUGGAGAUGCAUCUGAACCCUGGGAAACCAUUUCAGAGGAAGCGAGUAUAAGUGGAGAUUCCUUAAGCCUGUCAUUGCCACCACCCCCGGCUUCUCCAGUCUCUCGGACCAGUCCUCAGGAGCUGUCUGAUGAAUUGAACAGAAGACUUCAGGUCACUCCUGAUUCCAAUGGGGAACAAUUUGCUUCUUUGAUUCAGAGAGAUCCUUCUUCAAGAUUGAGAUCUUGCAGUGUAACAGAUGCAGUUGCUGAACAGUCUCACUUAUCACUGCAGAGUGGUCCAUCUAGGAGAGCUCGUUCUUCAACUGUCACAGGUGGUGAAGAACCAACGCCAUCAGUGGCCUACGUACAUACUACACCAGGCUUACCUUCAGGCUGGGAAGAAAGGAAAGAUGCUAAGGGACGUACAUAUUAUGUCAAUCAUAACAAUCGAACCACAACUUGGACUCGGCCCAUUAUGCAGCUUGCAGAAGAUGGUGCAGUUGGGUCAGCAGCAAACAGUAACAACCAUCUAAGUGAGCCUCAGAUAAGACGGCCUCGGAGCCUCAGCUCACCCACAGUCACUUUAUCUGCUCCACUCGAGUUUGCCAAGGACUCGCCUGUGCGCAGAGCUGUCAAGGACACCCUUUCCAACCCACAGUCGCCACAGCCAUCACCCUAUAAUUCUCCUAAGCCCCAACACAAAGUGACACAGAGCUUCUUGCCACCUGGUUGGGAGAUGAGAAUAGCUCCAAAUGGCAGGCCCUUCUUCAUUGAUCAUAAUACUAAGACUACCACAUGGGAAGAUCCACGGCUGAAAUUUCCAGUACAUUUGAGAUCAAAAGCUUCUUUGAACCCUAAUGAUUUGGGCCCUCUUCCUCCUGGUUGGGAGGAAAGAAUCCAUUUGGAUGGAAGAACAUUUUAUAUAGAUCAUAAUAGUAAAAUUACUCAGUGGGAAGACCCCAGAUUGCAGAACCCUGCUAUUACUGGUCCAGCUGUUCCCUAUUCCAGAGAGUUCAAACAGAAAUACGAUUACUUCAGGAAGAAGUUAAAGAAACCAGCUGAUAUACCAAACAGAUUUGAGAUGAAACUACACAGAAACAAUAUUUUUGAGGAAUCCUAUAGAAGAAUCAUGUCUGUGAAGAGGUCAGAUGUACUAAAAGCCAGACUCUGGAUUGAAUUUGAGUCAGAAAAAGGACUUGAUUAUGGAGGCGUGGCUAGAGAAUGGUUCUUCCUGUUGUCUAAGGAGAUGUUUAAUCCUUAUUAUGGUCUCUUUGAAUAUUCAGCAACGGACAACUAUACCCUUCAGAUUAAUCCCAAUUCAGGUCUUUGUAAUGAAGAUCAUCUGUCCUAUUUCACAUUUAUUGGACGAGUUGCUGGCCUGGCAGUGUUUCAUGGGAAGCUAUUAGAUGGCUUCUUCAUCAGGCCUUUUUAUAAGAUGAUGCUGGGGAAACAAAUAACGCUGAAAGACAUGGAGUCAGUGGAUAGUGAAUAUUAUAACUCUUUGAAAUGGAUCCUGGAAAAUGACCCUACGGAGCUGGAUCUCAUGUUUUGCAUAGAUGAGGAAAACUUUGGACAGACAUAUCAAGUUGAUUUGAAGCCAAAUGGGUCAGAAAUCAUGGUAACAAAUGAAAACAAAAGGGAAUAUAUUGACUUAGUCAUCCAGUGGAGGUUUGUAAACAGAGUUCAGAAACAAAUGAACGCUUUCUUGGAGGGAUUCACAGAACUCCUUCCUAUAGAUUUGAUUAAAAUUUUUGAUGAAAAUGAGUUGGAGUUAUUAAUGUGUGGCCUUGGAGAUGUUGAUGUUAACGACUGGAGACAACACACAAUCUACAAGAAUGGUUACUGCCCAAAUCAUCCUGUCAUCCAGUGGUACUGGAAGGCUGUCUUACUGAUGGAUGCUGAAAAGCGUAUCCGGUUGUUGCAGUUUGUUACUGGGACAUCACGAGUGCCUAUGAAUGGAUUUGCUGAACUUUAUGGUUCAAAUGGUCCUCAGCUGUUUACAAUAGAGCAAUGGGGAAGUCCUGAAAAAUUGCCCAGAGCUCACACAUGCUUUAAUCGCCUUGACUUACCUCCUUAUGAAUCUUUUGAAGAUUUACGAGAGAAGCUUCUUAUGGCAGUUGAAAAUGCUCAAGGAUUUGAAGGAGUGGAUUAAAACAGCUACUUUUUUUUUUCCCAUCGAGCAAGUUCUGCUUGAACUGUUGAAUUUGCCUAAUGGACAUUAACAAGUGACAAUGGCAGAACAGUUGCACAAUGUUGGUUCAUGGAGCAAACUCUUCUACAGUGCAGUUGCCUAAAUUCAGAAAUUUGAACUACAACCUGUGGAUAACACUUCUGAUAUUUCCACAGUAAAUCACCAACUGGUUGACGUGUACUCUAAUUACAUUUCAGCAGGACUUGUUCUAUUUAUGUUGUGCCUCUGUAGGCAAAGCCCUUAAUAAAUAUUUUACAUACUUUCUAAUGACAAUGAAUGGAAUUAAUCACUUUACAGGUAUAGUAUUACAACUCAUGUUUACUUUUUAAAUGAUUUAGACAUUUUCCGAUUUUAUUUCAUCACAAUUAAAAAUGUCAUCUACUUGGAAAAAUGAGCAUUUUUUCUUAUCUUAAUUUCAUACCAGACUUCAUGCCAGUGGCAUUUUUACUUUCAAAAUGCAUUUUGAGCCUUGUCCUCCCAACCUAUUAGAAAAGCUGGAGUAAGAAAAGCUGUGAGAAAUUUUCUGCAGAUGGAAUAUAUUAAUGGCAAAUCUAAAAGCUUUUCAUUCAGCACAUUAAUAUUUUCUGUACCCAGAAGAAAAAGUACAGAUUGGAUGUUACAUUUUUGUAUAAAUCAAUAGAAUAGUUACAAGCUGAGAGAGGAUCAUAACAUAGCAUGCCAAAUCUCACGGUCAAUAAAGAAAUCACCUCAUUAUUCCUUGGUAAUAUUUAUGUGUACUAUAAAAAAAUUUUGGGAUAGGGUUGGCAUUAUCAUUAUAGGAAAAAAAUGCUUAACCCAGUCAUUAACUUUGUACAGUGGUUCUUUUACUAUCCUUUCCUCUUUACUAUUUGCAAUGGAGGCAUUUUGAAUGAAACCUGGCACUGCUUGAUUUGGAACUGUGGAAACCAGAUCUGUUUUUGUCUCCUAUUUGUAUGCAUUUGCUGAUGAUACCUAAAUAACAAAGUUGGGGUUUUUUUUGUUUGUUUCCAACUGCACCAACUCUAAAGGCACUUUAUGUAACACAUGGAGGUCAUAUCUGUUUUUUAUCAUAAACAUUAAUGUGAUUAUAUUCCUUCUCACUGCACAUGUCUUUCGGGUGCAAUAUCUAUCAAUUGUGAAUUUGGCUGCUGCUGCUGUAUAAAAACCAGAUGUAGAGCUGGGCCUGCAGACAUGUUCUCACCAAUUGUUUUUUGUGAUUUUUUUUAUUCAAUCACAAAGAUUUAUUUAAUAUAUACAGUUAUCUAAUCAAUUUUGUUACCUAUGACAUGUUGCAUGCUUAAACUAUAAUGCCUGAGUUGUAUCUGUUGUGUGAUAGAUUAAAGGCAAAAGAGAAGACUUGCAUUUGAUCCACUGAAGUUAAAUGGUUAACAUAGCAGUAGGGUAGGUUUGAGGAUAUGCGUUCAGCAAUUUGAUUAUGUUCAGCUUUGUGAGGUUUUUGUCCAUCUACGUAACACACUUUGUUGUUUUUUCUAAGAACCUGACUAACACACAUUCACAAGCAAGAUGACAGAGUGCAAGAAUAUCUGAAACAAUUUCACCCCUGAUUGCCAAGAACUGAGCUUUUUUUAAUUUAUUUUUAUUAUUAUUUUUUUGGCACAUGCAAUCCGCUGCCAGCAACACGUUCAGCAGCAGUUGCAGGCAGGGAGUGUAACAAGUAUUAACUCUAGCCACGAGAGCUAAUUUAGCAAAACUCAUCAAAGCUAAUAACAUUCAGCAAAUGCUAAUUUGUCAAACUUUGACUGGCUUUGGAUGCAGCCUCGGUUUGCUCACAAAAGUUUGAAGAGUCAAUAAGUGCAUGAAGAAGUUUUGAACCUUCUAAUUUGAAUGUAGAUUAAGGUUAAUUCCCUUUCUAUAGUAAUUUUAUUUUAAGACAUUCCUUUUUUUCCGUCUGGUGAGCUGAAAACCUAGACAUGAGAAUGAAGUGGGCUGGAUCUGAAUAGAUGUAAAACACUAUUUUGGUAGCCUCUUACGCUUUUAGAGAGUGGGAUCUGAUCUUUCUAAUGUAUAUCUACAUGCCAAACUUCUGUAGCUAGGACAUGGAAUUGCCUUUAAAAAUUUGUCAUACUCCAUGGUCAGUUUUUUUGGUUUAAAAAAAAAAAAGUCUUAAUUGGAAGAGUUUUUGUAUGUUUGGAGGCAACAUUUUGCUUCAGUGCCAUGUAACAGAACCUUAUUCCCAGGACUCCUAUGAGUUUUUGCUAUAGACUUGAAAUAUAAACUAACGCUUGUGUAAUAAGGGAUAGUGUAGUCUAGCAGUUAGGCUGGGGGAACUGGGAGUCAGGAGACUUGGGUUAAAUUCCCAACUCUGCCAUCACUAUCACUGUGACUCCUUGCUUGAGUCAUUUAAAUUCUGUGCCUGUUUCCCCAUCUGCAAAAUGGGCUUCAGAUCUGUGUGCAAAGACUAAAGGCUCUGUAUAACUGCAAACGAUGAAAUAACAGAGCAUAACUUUCUAAGAUCAGGCUUUUAGAAAAUUAGGCUAACGUCUUUUCAGAUCCACUUACACAUAAACUAAGAAUAGAAACUCCAAAAGACUUGAGUAUACAUUACUGUAUUGAGGUAAAUUCCUGUUAAGGAGAAAAUGUGUAUUUUUAAUCACUGAAAGUAUUCAGUGUUGGAAAAUAAGUACAAGAAAUGUUUCUCAAAAAAUAUCCCCCAGCCCCUUAUAGUCCAGAGAACUUAAACCUUACUGUAGAAGUGAGUCUGUCCCUUUUCAUCAGGGUCUCUAAGAGAUCCAGAGCUGGUAUUCCAGCAAGUAAUCCUGGCUAUUACCAAGGUAAAUUUAUAAUGUGCAAAGUGAAUUGUUCAGUCUAACCCCUUUAUUGCACAAAGUCUUGUGUUGCAUACUAGAAGUUCUUUUUUGUUCACUCACAGGCAGUUCCUGAGCAGCACAAUCCUUGGCCUUGGAUUUUAGCCACCAGUGAAGUUGUAUUGAUGUAGCUGCACUGGUGCAAACCUUUAGUGUAAAUGCACUGCACCAGUGCAAAGCAGAUGUUGCACUAAGGUAGCUUUCCUUAGUGACUAAAAACACUACUGUAGAAAUGCCCCUUGUGUCAGCCAUUACCACCUGUGGAAUCUGUUCUUUAAACCCAGGGAAUUGUCUUCAGUUUUGCGAAUGACUUGUGUGAGGUCCAGGUACAUAGCGUGUGCUUCAGCGAAACAGCACCUAUAAGGGAGUUUGAUUCUAUUCUACAGAUUACUUUACAACUAAGAACUGUAUAUGUUGAAGCUGUUUUUGCAUUGCCUAUUAGGAUAUAAAGUAGAUUUCUUGGAGUUUCUGUUCUAAUACACUGAAACUCUUAGAAGUUCUUCUGGAAUUCCUGAUACUGUUUUUGAAGGACUCUUUCUAGGGAAAGGUGGCUAAAUGUCUCCUAUUUAUUAAACCUUAAUUAAUGAGGACAUUACUCCAUUUGGACUUGUGCUCUAACUUGGUGCCUUUCUUUAAUAUUCAAAUACUGUAUUCACAUUCAUUCACCUUGACUAUGUAUGGAUAGUUCACCCUCUUAAUCAUAAAACAGAUACUUUUGUAAAAUUUGUAUUUUUAAAAAGAUUCUGUCUGGCCAAAUUAUUGUAAUUUCUUGCUCACAUCAAGUCUUUCAUAUCUCUGGCUCUCUUGUAACGCAGGUCAGUUACGUAUCUUAAUUCCAGCAUUUAUUCCUAGUUGAUGGAAACUCAUUAUGAUUGGACCUAAUUUCUUCCUGAAAAUUUAUCUUCCUUUUGUCUUGCCACUGAAGAAAACAACAUAAAAAAAAAAGAGGUGAAUUUGUUAUUUCACUCUAUUUUAUUUUUAAAUCUCUCAUCCUUGAGAAGACAUCCCUAUCUCUGAAUUUCUCGUGCAGGGAGGGCAAGCUGCAUGCUCGCUUGUAAUAUUUUCUGACAAACCAGCAGAGGAUGCUGCUCUACAGACUAACCAAGUAUCUCAUUCCCCCCACCCCCAAUCUCCACUACCCCAAAAGACAUCCACUACCUCUGUUACGUGAUUAGCCUUUACUGACUGGUGAUCGAGACUGCAGAGUUCGGUAUCAUACUUGCAAAUCUCACUUCUGAGAUACUGAAUCUGUUCACAUACUUUGCGUGAAACCCUGGCCUUGAUGAAGUCAAUAGCAAAACUCCUACUGACUUCAGUGGGGCCUGGAUUUUACCCUUUGUGUUCUGGAAUUUAUAACCGGGAGGAAUAAGUGACACAUUUGGACCACUUUUUUUCAAAUAUAUAUAAAUAAGUACAGUAUACCCAACUAUAUACAAAAUCGAAUUUUUAAUAGGUAAGAUGAAAAAGAAAAAACCCUUAUAAUUACCAGAGUGGAUAUUUUUACAAGCAUGAGAGUGUUUUUAAUAACAAAAGUCUUUUCUUUUGCUUGUAUGGAAUUCUGGAAAAAAACUCUCUUCCGACAUCUGUUAGACGUUGCACUAAAAAGCGAUACUUGUUUGAAACGCAUGGGAAAAUUGUUUUGCUAAAACUGGAAUCUAACCCAUAUUAAUGUUACAUAUCCCUCAGGUCUGUCAUACUGCACACAUAACAUUACAUUCAUAUCACAUGGUCACCCCCACAAACCAUAUUUAAUCAGAUGCCUCUAUACUUCUAAGCCAUCUGGAUUUUCUUAUGUUGCUCUUUCAUUUAGAAUGUCAUGUUUUCCUCUUUCAGUUAACGUCAAUGUAGCUUUUGUUCUUUUUUACCACUAUAUAUACAUAUACACAGUGUGUACCCACAUACAGCAGUACAUAUAUGUAAUAUGUUUUUAUACUACUUUAAUCAAUUCUGUGUUCAGGAUUGGCUUCUAAAGAGGCUUGUGAGCAGUUUGUCUCCAAUGCAGCUUUAGCAAAGCCAUGCUAUAGUGAAUACGUUAUGAUUCUCAGAACCCAAAUAAAACCACUAGAAGGUGAUUUUGCUAUGCUCUGUGUUUGUGAACUUAUGACCUUUAUUCAAAUUUAAACCUGAAAUGACUACUUCCAAAGGUGAAAAAUAGUUUCAAACAUUCCAGAUGAAAUUCACGAUCUUUCGUAACUUUUUAUUGUAAAACGCCUCAGAAUGAGGCUAUUUAAAAUUAUACUAAACUACAUUAAAAUUGAUUUAAAAAAAAAACCUGAAAACUACUACUUAUAAAUAAUGCUCAUUUUCACUAUCAAAAUAGCUUUAAAGUAUGGUUGGAUUUGAUACACAGUGGAAAAUGUUUUUUGUUUUUGUUUAAGGACAAAAUCACUUUUUCCAUUUAUUUUCUUAAGAGAAGUGAAGGAGAUUGUAGUUUGUUUUCCUGACAGCAAAAGAUCAAUGUGACAAAAUGAAGUUGUUGUAAUGAAAUGAUGCAACUUGUUAAAUAUUUAAUAAAGAAUUAUGGAAGCUG